AUGUCAAAUGUCUACCUACGGAGCAAUGCCCUCCAGUGCCUCCCCAUCCGCUCCCACAACGCCUCCUCCGUAUGCGGAUUGCCCACACUAGCUCCGCUGGCCCAGGCAAUUACACCCCCAGACACGGCCAGGGAUCACCGCAGUAUUCCAUGCUCCCUCUGCCGCGACCACGUCCUUCUUGAAGCCACCCCUUCUCUCUUCUGUCCUAUCUGUCUGGUAUUUAUAUAUAUGAUCCUACCUGUCCCUCCCGUCCCGUUUCUGUCCGCCUGUUCGUUCCUCUUCACCCAGGCAAUUCGUCUCAUCUUGAAUCCGACAUACCCUGGCCGUCGACAAUCUCGUCUCAGCUCUGUCCACAUUCGAGACAGCUUGCUCUUGAGAAACAAAUAA